AAUGCGGGGGGAGGACAUCUCCAAGCCCGUGCUGCAAGUCAUCAAUACACGGGCUAUUGCUACAGGAAAUGGGCCACCGCGUUACCGAGUGUUGAUGAGUGAUGGGGUUAACACACUCUCCUCAUUCAUGUUGGCGACACAGCUGAACUUUCUGGUGGAAGAGGAACGCGUGUCAGCCCAAUGUAUUUGCCAGGUUAACAAAUUCAUUGUCAACACCCUGAAAGAUGGAAGGAGAGUGGUUAUACUGAUGGAUUUAGAUGUUCUGAAAACUGCUGAUAUGGUUGGUGGGAAUAUUGGCAAUCCAGUGCCAUACAAUGAAGGGCAAGGGCAGCAACGUCCUUCAGCUCCAGCAGCAAACCCAGCACCCAGCAAACCACAGCAACAAAAUAGCAAUUUGGCAGUAGCAGCUCAGUGGACCAUUUGUGCUCGUGUUACCCAAAAAGGCCAGAUCCGCACAUGGAGCAACUCCCGUGGUGAAGGAAAACUCUUCUCUAUAGAGCUAGUUGAUGAAAGCGGUGAGAUUAGAGCUACUGCAUUCAAUGAUCAAGCAGACAAGUUCUUUCCACUCAUUGAAUUGAACAAGGUAUAUUAUUUUACCAAAGGCAUUUUGAAGACUGCUAACAAGCAAUAUACAGCUGUUAAGAAUGACUAUGAGAUGACAUUCACUAAUGAGACUUCAGUUGUGCCCUGUGAUGAUGCCCAGCAUCUUCCAUCUGUUCAGUUUGAUUUUGUAUCCAUCUCUGACUUGGAGAACACACCCAAAGACUCAAUUGUUGAUGUAAUUGGAAUUUGUAAGAGCUACGAAGAUGUCACUAAAAUUACAAGGAAAGCUAACAAUAGGGAGGUAUCGAAGAGGAACGUGCAUCUGAUGGAUACAUCAGGGAAACUGGUGACAGCUACACUAUGGGGAAGUGAGGCUGAACAGUUUGAUGGUUCUAGACAACCUGUGAUAGCCAUCAAAGGAGCCCGACUCUCUGAUUUUGGUGGUAGAAGCCUGUCUGUCCUGUCCUCGAGUACAGUUGUCAUCAACCCUGAUAGCCCAGAGGCUUUUAAGCUCCGAGGAUGGUUUGACUCUGAGGGGCAGCUUCUGGAAUGUACGUCGAUCUCUGAUGUGAGGGGUGGGCCAGCAUCUGGGGUGAAUACCAACUGGAAAACUUUGUUUGAAGCCAAAUCUGAGAACUUGGGGCAAGGAGAUAAGGCGGAUUAUUUUAGCUGUGUGGGCACAGUCGUACAUCUGCGCAAAGAGAACUGUAUGUACCAGGCAUGUCCCUCUCAGGAUUGCAAUAAGAAAGUGAUAGACCAACAAAAUGGACUGUAUCGUUGUGAAAAGUGUGAUCGUGAAUUCCCCAACUUCAAGUACCGCAUGAUGCUUCUGGUGACCAUUGCAGACUGUCUAGAGUAUCAGUGGGUGACUUGUUUCCAAGAGUCAGCAGAAUUCAUUCUUGGGCAAAACGCAGCUUUCCUGGGAGAACUGAAAGAAAAGAAUGAGCAGGCAUUUGAAGAAGUGUUCCAAAAUGCAAACUUCAACACGUAUGAGUUCAGGAUCCGAGUAAAACUGGAGACUUACAAUGAUGAAUCUCGUAUUAAGGCUACAGCAGUGGACGUCAAACCUGUGAACUACAGAGAAUACAGCAAGAGGUUGAUCGCAAGCAUCAGGAGAAAUGCUCAACUAGGGUGAGGAGGCUGGUGCUGACUGAAGCUAGAACUUCAGGAAGAACUCAACGGAUGAUAUUACAUUGACUUUUUCCCCACCUCGUGUGUGACAAUUCGGCAUUAGCUAACACCGUGCAUGGUAGUCCAGUGUAGUGGGCUAAGUGAUUUAAUGCAUUUCUCUGAAGAUACGCCCCUGGUAGGUAAGAGUGCGCUCUAAUGGCCACGACACUGCAGACUGUUGUGGUGUAUUAAGCUGUGACAGCUCUAAAGAGGAAUCUCUAGACAGAUUGCCAGGGUCUUUAGACAAACCAUUCAGAAUGUCUGAAAUAACUUUGCUUUCUUACUAUAUAAUUCAGCUUUACAUAUAACCACUAUUGUCUUUGCAAGAAAGUAGUGACAACCUUGACACUUUGACUUGUUCAGCAGAGGGUGGGAGGAAGAGUGUCGUACGGAUUUCAGAUAUGGACGAAGAACAACAGCUCUAUUAGCGCAAGUUAGUUCCUUUCCAUAGAAUUCAAAGGCUUUCUCUUUCCACAGGUGCCAUGCAGUUGUUAAUGCUUGGAAUGGCAAUGUGGUAGAAUUAUUAAUCAAAGACAUAUCUUUUAUAUCUGAAGAAUAUCCUUCCUUCAGGGUUUAAUAGACUGAGUCAGAUGGGUCUGAUAUUAAUCAAAAUUGUCUCUUCUGAGGAAGGCAGAUAAGCAUUGACUCUCCAUCCCCCAGGGAAAUAUAGGCAACUACAAAGCAUUGCUUUAGUUUUCUCUUCAAUUAAUACUAUGGAGUUUUGACUGAUUUUAGCACACAUUUCCUGCCUAUACAUAUUUUGUAUGUUUGUAUGUUCAGUUUCUUUGGUUUUAUUUGUAAUGAUGUUAAUCAGAAACGGGUCUUUAAACAGGGGGAGCUUUGUUUCAAUAAACACUGUUUAAUUCCUGUG